CAUGGCAAAUUCGGGGCCUGCUAAAACUUGCGGCACAAAAACAAGAUUGAUAAACAAGGAAAUCACCAUUUUAAGUAUGUCAAGUGUUAUCCAAAUAAAUCAAGAAACAAGGAAAUACAAAAAUAAAUUAAAGUUUAGCCGAUAAUUGGUACAGUGCCAGUAACGUUAUGUCAAAUUUUCAUCAUAUCGUGAUUACGCACAUUAUCAAUUUUUGAGAAAUCUAGCCGCGCUUGAUCAUCAUUUCAACUUUAUUUCAUUUCAAUCUCUUGGUAUUGACUUCGAUGAAAAUCAAUACAUUAAAAAAAAUCUAUAUGGUAGAAUCAAAAGCAGAGCGAUAUACACUACACCCAAACAUCCUUCCGUUGCUCGGAAAAACACAAGCUCUGCCGGAAAGGCCCGAAAAGUUGCGAUAUGUAGUGCAGACGACAGUGGACGUGAUGUCAAGAGUCGAAGAAAACUAUAGUUCUGUGGAAGAAGAGGUAGAGGCCUACACAUCAGGGAGUUUGAUUUUAUACACUAACUGAUAUAAGUAUAUAAUUAAUUGAGGGAAUAUUGCUAAAAUAAUAUUACUGUCCUUCCACUGCAUUAUGUUUGAUCAGGGACGUAAAAUACGUCUCUAGCUUGAUUUCAUUGGCAUAUCAAGAAAUAUCAGACUAUAAUCUUAAUUUAAUGAUUAAAAUUAUUUAACCAUUGCACUGACACAAUGUAUUGAUUAUAUCCGGAAGUUUGGUUUUGUUUUUUAUUUAAAUCAAUCACGUGAUUUAAUAGGCUGCCGACCAGGAAGAGGAGUAAACACGAACUAGGAAGAUCAAACAUGGAUAUUGUCGCCAUUUGAGUUGUAGGUCUUUAUGAGGAAACCUAAUCAGGAAGAGGAAAAACCAAGCACAUUGUCGCCAUUUUAAGUUGGAGCUGAAAAGAGCAUGAGUAAAAGUAUCUGACCAUGGACAAGCGCUGGGCCCAGGAUGUGUUACGGUGUCGUCUCUGUGAGACCCCGGGCCCCCCUAUGUAUUGUGAUAUUUGUCACAUACAUCUGUGUAAAGCCUGUGUGGGGGAACAUCUCUCUGAUCAAUCCAAAGAACACAAAGUGCUGCCAUUUGAAAAGAGAGGAUCUACUCCUAAAUGUUCAAAACAUUCCACAAAACUAUGUGAACUUUACUGUGAACAAUGUGACAUUCCUAUUUGUGCAACAUGUGUUUCCUCUAAAGAACACUGCGGCCAUAAAUUUAUUGAAAUAACUAAAAACAUUGAUAGCAGGAAAGAAAUGAUUCAAAAAGAUCUACAAGAACUAGAGAAAUCCAUUUAUCCCAAAUACCAAGAGAUUGCAUCGGUUAUCCCAGUCCAGAAAUCUGCUCUGAAUGAAAACUCCCAGAAAUUAACAACAGAAAUGGACAAACAUGGAGAAGACUUGCACAGAGAAAUAAACACCAUUAUCAGAAACAUGAAAUCUAACAUGGAGGAAAUGGACACCAAACACCUGGCUGUCUUAGACAAACAGGAAGAUGAAAUUAAACACAACAUUUCUGAAAUCACACAGACCAUUUCUGAACUGAAGACGUUGCUGGACUCCAAUGAUGUCAGUCGUGUCUUUGCCUACAAAUCCAGGAAUGAUGAAUUCAGAAGAUUGCCUCCUAAACUCACAGUGUCCUUACCAAGUUUUAUCCCUCAGAAUAUCAACAAAGAACAGCUUUAUCAACAGUUCGGUUCUCUAUCCGCGUCAUCUAUCAAAACAGAAGAACAUGGCUACACCAUGGAAUCUCCCGGGGCUGAGUCCUCUCUCCUGGACAGACCGCUCAUUGAUGUACCACGGAUCAUCACACAGAUAAACACCGAGUACGGACGAGAUUCACUACACGGUGUGUCAUGUCAGAGUGAUGAGGAGAUGUGGACCCGUGGUGAGGACAACAUCAUGAGACUCUAUAACCUCAGUGGGGAACUAGUGAAGUCAGUCAAAACCAAGUCAGGGAACUAUCCACUGGACAUAGCAGUGACAAGGAGUGUGGAUCUAGUUUAUUCUGAUUACGAUGAUAGAACUGUAAACAUAGUGAAGAAUAAAAAGAUAAAGACAGUGAUAAGACUACGGGGGUGGAGACCUCUCCGUGUCUGUAGUACCUCCUCUGGUGACCUUCUGGUUGUCAUGAACAGUGAUGAUAAACAAACAAAAGUUGUGUGUUACUCUGGCUCUACAGAGAAACAAAGUAUUCAGUACGACGACAAAGGACAACCUCUCUAUUCAUCUGGUGGCAGUAAAUACAUCAGUGAGAACAGGAACCUAGAUAUCUGUGUGUCAGACUAUGACGCCCGUGCGAUAGUGGUGGUCAAUCAGGCCGGGAAACUCCGGUUUACCUACACUGGUCCUCCCUCUACUACCAGGGGAUCAUUCUAUCCACGCGGCAUCACAACAGACAGCCAGGGUCGGAUCCUGACAGCAGACUGGUACAACUCCUGUAUCCACAUCCUGGAUGAGGAAGGACAGUUCCUCCGCUACAUCGACAACUGUCAUUUACGUGGUCCACAGGGUUUAUAUGUGGACACCAGAGACAACCUCUUUGUGGCUGAGUACGGCACAGGUAAAGUGAAGAAAAUACAAUAUGUGUAGAACAUUAAACAGCAGUGUAACAUUGUUUAUAUGUAUUACAUGUUGACAAACUGACUGUGUGGUUAUAUAAAACAUGUAUUAGCAUAAAGAUAAUUAAUUAUAUUAUAUUAUAGAGUCAUGCAUAUAAAAAUAUAAGUCCAUUUAGUUCAUGUCAACAGUAUCAUUGUUUUGUUUAUCAUGUUUAUACAUAAUAACAAACUGUUUUAGUGUAGUGAUUGUAUUGUCAAUGAAUUAAAUGUUUAUACAUUUAAUGUCUAAACAAACUGUGUACAUUAUAAGAAUACAAUCAGAGAAACCCUGUUUGGUAUUUGUCAAAGAAAUCAAACCAUUUUAAUGUUGAUAAAAUGACACUAACAGUUGAAUUAAAUAUCUUUGAAAAACUUUUGUAGCUCUCCUUUAUAUUAAGUUAUGAGUUAAUUUCUAUCCAUUAAUAUGAGAAAAUAUAAAUCAUACAUUUUCUUCUCUCAAACAUUAUCAAAGCAGAAAAAAUGAAGGUACAUGUACCACAUUUGUUGAACAUUAGAAUGGUGUUUAUUUUAUCUUUGUCUAUUAUGAUUUCUGUCACUGAAGAUUGAGUAACUUUUAUUUCUUACACACUAGUAAUAAACCCUGCAGUUGUACAUUGUAUACUUUAAAUAAUGUGUUAUCAUGUCUAAUAAAUGAUUUGUAAACAA